AUGGGAGCCGACUUUGCGGCCGGCAACUUGGUAGUAGACAACCAUUAUGAGAACGUGAGAUCGGCCACUAUUCGAUUCGGGAGUGGGGAGUGCAAUUGGUGUUUGAGGGGCUUAAUCCAAGGAGGCUCAAGUCCGAUGUCCGUUUUCAGGUCACUUGACACGACACUUACUCCUUUUACAGUUAGCGGAGAACCAGAAACAGAAAUCGCCGAUCACCGAAGAGCAGAUACGUAG